CUAUUAUGUUGGUGGGAGUGGAAAUCCGAUGUUUCGCAAGUCCGUCGAUUCCAUUGUUUUUUUUUGCUGAAACGUCAAUGAAUCAGUUUUACCAAGCUGCCUAGUUGCCCUAGUAGGCGUUGCUCUCUGCAGUAUUUAACAAGUGCACCGGGACAAAGCGAGGUAGUCUCUCGACAGAGCAGGAACCCGAGAGCUCUUCAGUCAAUUUGCGUAUAACCUACAGACUUCAAUGGGCCUACUAUAACCUCAAUAUUGACACCAGUCUAGGGACUCUCAAAAGCAUUCACGGGGACAUUCUGUGCAAUUUCUGUGUUGACGGAGUUACAAAGGACACCGAAAGGCCUUUUAUUGUGGAUUCUGGCCUUCACAACACGGCCUUCCCCCUACUGCGGUGAACGCCACCAUGAGUCUGAGUGUGAACGAGCUGACGGAGCUGAUGGAGAUGUGGGCGGAACUUAACUUCACAGGGGACAACAUGUCAUCCCACCACGUAGAGGCUCUGCUGUGCCCGGCUGGGUUCAGCCACGCGGCGGUGCUCUACACCCUCUCUGUCCUCUACAUCUUCAUCUUCCUGGUGGGCCUGGCCGCCAACACCCUGGUGGUGUGGGUCAACCUCCGCUCAGAGAGGAACCGCUUUGAAACCCACCUGUACAUCCUCAACCUGGCUGUGGCUGACCUCUGUGUGGUGGCUACUCUCCCAGUCUGGGUCAGCUCGCUGCUACAGCGCGGCCACUGGCCCUUCGGCGAGGCCGUCUGUAAGAUCACCCACCUGGUGUUCAGCGUCAACCUCUUCGGGAGUAUCUUCUUCCUCACCUGUAUGAGCGUGGACCGCUACCUGUCCGUGGCGCUGUUCGGAGACGGAGGGAACAGCCGCAGGAAGAAGGUGGUGCGGAGGGUGAUCUGUAUCCUGGUUUGGCUGCUGGCACUGGCCGCCUCCGUCCCAGACACUUAUUUUCUGCAGGCGGUCAAGUCCACACACUCUGACGCCACCCUGUGCCGGCCCGUCUACCCCACUGACAACCCCCGAGAGUGGAUGGUGGGCAUCCAGCUUAGCUUCAUCGUCCUGGGCUUCGCCAUCCCGUUCCCAGUCAUCGCUGUCUUCUACCUGUUAUUAGCAAGCUCCAUUGGCAACGCCAACCCGCCCGGCUCCAGCGCCAACUCAAACCAGGAGCGCCGCAUCAGCCGGAAGAUCAUCCUGACCUACAUUGUGGUGUUCCUGGUCUGCUGGCUGCCCUACCACGGAGUCCUAUUGGUGGACACUUUAUCUCUCCUCAACGUCUUGCCCUUCAGCUGCAGGCUGGAGAACUUCCUGUAUGUGUCCCUCCACCUGACCCAGUGCUUCAGCCUCAUCCACUGCUGCAUCAACCCCGUCAUUUAUAACUUCAUCAACAGAAACUACCGUUACGACCUCAUGAAGGCCUUCAUCUUCAAGUAUUCCACCAAGACGGGCCUGGCCAAGCUCAUUGACGCAUCACAUGUGUCCGAGACAGAGUACUUGGCUGUGGUGGCGGUGGAGAAUAACGUGUGAUUGGCCCGCUGGGAGAGGAAAAUUGUCCCUGAGGGGAAAAUUGUCUUGGACACACAGAGGUGAUGUCACACAACUCACAGAGAACUGACUCUCUACCAAACAGACUAUACUUAAGGCCUGCUGAAAAGGCUGAACAGUUAACUGACUGAAUGCAGUCCCUGGGAAGGACAUCUCAAGCACAUUAGACGCACUGUAAAAGACCAAGACCAAAUAUGCUCUGUUUCAGUGUAACUCCCGUUUUGUUGUAAGUUCCCCCUUUCUGAGUGAGUUUGGUUAACUUCCCCCUUUCUGAGUGAGUUUGGUUAACUUCCCCCUUUCUGAGUGAGUUUGGUUAACUUCCCCCUUUCUGAGUGAGUUUGGUUAAGUUCCUCCUUUCUGAGUGAGUUUGGUUAACUUCCCCCUUUCUGAGUGAGUUUCGUUAAUUUCCCCUUUCUGAGUGAGUUUGGUUAACUUCCCCCUUUCUGAGUGAGUUUGGUUAACUUCCCCCUUUCUGAGUGAGUUUGGGUAACUUCCCCCUUUCUGAGUGAGUUUGGUUAACUUCCCCCUUUCUGAGUUUGGUUAACUUCCCCCUUGCCUAGUAACAGGGGUGGGGGUCUUCUUGAGAAAGCACUUCUUCUGAACUGGAGACUUGGUGUCACCCAAACAGAUGGUUCAACGACACCGUAAACACACACACACACACACACACCCUUCCCCCUGCCCUGGUCAGAGCCACAGCGGAGGGAGACGAGGUGCUCUCCCUGCCAGUGUUUAUGUGAGCAGGCAGUCAGUCAACCAGACUCCAUUACUCUGAAGGACCUGCCACUGAAUCAAGCCACUGUGUUUACAUGGAAAUCAGGAAUGUCAAACGGACUGACAGCCGAGACCAGAGUCAAAACUCUAAAGCUAUAUUUUAUUUUGUAUUCUUUAUUCUGAUCCCCAUCAGCUGACUCUUAAGCAACUUCUGGUCUUCACUGGGGCCAUAAAAAAGACAUUACAAACACGAAAGCCAAUCUGUAGAAUGUGAGAAGUAGAUGUAUGUAUGUUGAUGUGUGUAUGAUGGUUAGUGAGGUGUCAAUGUGAGAAGUAGAUGUAUGUAUGUUGAUGUGUGUAUGAUGGUUAGUGAGGUGUCAAUGUGAAGCCAGGAGAAUCCAUCCAGUCCCAAACACUCCUCUAGAUGACGCAUUUAGAAAGUAUUGGUGCUUAGUAUGUAAAAUGAAGGAGUAGACUUUCAAAUCCAUUGUUUAUUCUGUAAAUAUCAUAUUUAUAUAUUUGUUGAUCUGUAGGCGCAGUGAUUUUGUGAAGUUUUGUGAAACGGAAUCAAUGAAGGUGUGCUUUCUGUGUAAUGUUUAAAAAUGGCAGUUCUGCUACUGUUUAAAAUAAUAUACCAUUAGUUAUAUUUCAGUUAUCUUGUUCUUUUUGUUCAACUCGUUUGCAUUUAUUUCACUACACAAAAGAAAAACAGCCAAUGUGUGUACAUUUCAGUCACAACCUGCAAAUCUUUUUGAAUUUGCAAACGCAGUUUCUUGCCAGUCAGUGGAUGUUUUUACGCUCUUGUGUAAAAUAACAAAUAAAUGCACAAAACUGUU